AUGAUUAUUCAUGGUGACGGCAGUAGUGACAAUGAUUGUGGGGGAAAGGAAAUUUUAGUGGUGAAAAAGGAUGGGAAGGAUAAAAUGGGGAUAUAUUUGGACCUGAAAGUCAAUGUUAUAAGGACGGGGCAUGGUACAAGGGUAUUUUUGCCUCCCCCGAAACUCCUCCCAUUAAGUUCACCACUGCACGCACUGUCUCCGGCCACCACGCUCGACUUGGGCCACCCGCGACCAGAAUCCAUCAAGUUUGCUGCUGCUAAUGGGCAUAAGAUGGCCAAGGAUUUUAACGCCGAAGCAGCUCUCACAGAUAAUACAGAGCCAGAAGAACCCACUAAAAGCGCUUC